AUGGCGGGUUGGACAGUAUUCAAGAAUCUGUACAUCUAUGGAAAUACCAUCUAUAUAGUAACAUCUCAACCAGAGAUAUUACCUCCUCUUCGUUUCAUCUUCUCGAACGGCCUUCCUCUCGAAAUGCAAGAAGAUAACGAACCCGACCAGCGGACGGUUGCGGUCGUCUCCCCUCACGAAGCAGAUAUCCUAUUUGGAGGCUCCGCAGGACUAUUGGACGGUGUCUCCUUCUUGCAAACAGAUGCACCCCAGUUUCUGCACCAUAUGUACCAUAUGGUAGUCGAGAUAUUUGCGCUCGGUCAUUGGCGUACGCUUUCCAGCACAGAGUUGGACUCUACGUUUGGGGGUUCGGAUCGACCGGGGCCUAGGCGACUAGUGUUUGCUCAUUGCUCUCGAGAAGGCUGGAGGGACCGAGCAGGGAUGAACGAGUGGGUCUUGCAGGCAGCCUUUGGCGGGAUGAGCAUCGAAUUCCAAGAUACAUGGGACUUCCGAAUGAACAUUGGAAAGCCGUUCGUCUUCGAGCUAGUUGUACUAGGAGACAGAGCGGCAUCGCACCGUGAACACUCUUGGAAAGAUCCGAGCACGCCACUUCCUAUUUCCAUCAAACAUGACUGGUGGUCGCCCAUCCGGGAGUCCGUCAUAGCUUUUGCUACAUCCGGGCUACCUCCUAAGUCUAUUCUGAAGAAACCGAUUGUCACCUAUAUCAGCCGACAGCGCACGGGAAGAAGGUUACGAGAAGAUGAUCACAAUCAGCUAGUAGCGAGCCUGCGUCAACUGGGUCAACGGUAUGAUUACGAGAUUCAAAUACCCAUCAUGGAAGACCUCCCGAAAUCGGAACAAAUCUUGCUACUGAGCCAAACAACAGUCUUAGUGGGAGUGCAUGGGAAUGGGCUUUCCAAUCAACUCUGGCUUCGACCUUCGCCACGAACGACAGUUAUCGAGAUAUUCUUCCCAGGUGGAUUCGCGUUUGAUUACGAAUAUACUGCUCGAAGUCUUGGCUUGAAGCAUUAUGGUUUCUGGCUCGACCGAUUCUUUUCAGCACCUAAUCUACCUCCCAACACCUAA